AUGAUGGUGGAACUUGGAAUUGCCGAAUCAAUAGAUUACACUAAAUUUACAUGGGAAAUGAGUAUCUUGGGACAGCUAUCAACAAUUAUUCAAGCCCAAUUACUGAGCGCGAAACGGUCCGCCAGCCGCUGGCUAAUACCGUCUCGGAUUUCGAAACAUGUUCUUUCCGCCAACAGCAGUGGAGGCUGGAGUUCUGCAUUUGGUGGUGAAGAGGACUCUCGGAGGAUUAAGCCGCCGGACGACGGAAUUAUGGACGACGUGGAUCGGCUUUUCGAGUGCUUCAAAUGUGGCGUCACUCCCCCUGAAUCUGCUUUUAGACACAGGAAAAGGGGAAAGUAUGCUACUUCGAGGAGGGAUGAUUCAGUUCCGGAAGCAUCCACCUGUCGUGGCAAUCCAUCACCAAAUCUUACCCCCACAAACCAACGUGGGAGUCGCUUCAACACUCCACUCUCAGCUCACAAUUCACCUAGGGCAUCUACGAUUCUGAGCUCUAGUGAGAAUAAAAAGAAGCAGUUUUCUCCAAUUGUUUUCUAUGGUUCUCCACAAGGAGUGCCGCCAAAGAGACCAGCUCGUUUGCUGCGAUUGUUACGUGAAAUUCGUGUUGACAUCUCUGAACAAAAUAAGUUAAGGGAGGAAAUUUGGGUGACAUUUCCCAGACAAGAUGAAGCAAUGAAGUAUCUGAAAUCACAUGCAAAUGGUCGCGUUUUUUGUUAUCAGGAUCAUGUUACUGGCCAAAGGAGAUUCCUCGUGUCAACAUAUAAGGAAUUUUGGCAGAGGUACAUGCAAAUGAAUCCAAAAUUUCGCCACCACUAUGAAGUAAUUCAAGAGGGAUUGCCAUGCCAUCUGUAUUUUGAUUUGGAAUUCGACAAGAAGAUAAAUUUACAUAAAAAUGGAGAUGAAAUGGUUGACCUUCUUAUCUCUGUUGUCUUUGAUGUCCUACAUGAGAAGUAUGGUAUAGAAGGAAACCUUGACUGUAUUGUAGAACUUGAUUCAUCUAAUGAAGAGAAGUUCUCUCGUCAUGUAAUUGCCCGACUACCCAAGAUUGCUUUUAAGGACAAUUCCCAUGUUGGUGCUUUUGUUCUUGAGAUAUGUUCGCGUAUAAAUAAAUCAAGGGAGAAAGAUGGAAGAUAUGAAAAUUUGUAUAUAUUAAAAGAUUCAGGCUUAUCUGAGAGUCAAUGCCAACUUUUUGUGGAUACUGCUGUAUAUUCGAGAAACCGCUGCUUCCGCCUUCCGCUAUCAUCUAAAGCAGGGAAGAGUUCUGUGCUUCUACCUAGUGGACGGUUUAAAUGUAAGGGCAUGAAUGAAGAAGAAGUCUUUAUGGCAUCCUUGAUAUGCAACAUGGACAGUGACUGCGAAAAGUUUUUGAUUUGCAAGAUGGACUUAGAUUGUGUGAAGGCCCUGCACUUUGAUUCGGAGACUACCAAUGCGUCAUACAAACCCUCCGGUUAUGCUCGCCAGUUUGACUUGGAUUCUUGCACAACUGAUGCUUCAAGAACCUAUCUGAUGGGGCAGUCACCAUUCCCACCUUUGGAUGCUUUCAUUGAGUUUGUAGCAUCUAGUGGAAAUGUAAAAGGGAAAAUUCGAAGUUGGUAUUGGUUUUCAGAAUAUGGAUUAAUGGUGUAUAGCAUGUUGAGAAAUAGAUACUGUGAAAGAAUUGGCCGAGAACACAAAAGCAAUCAUGUGAUGUACGUAGUUGAUAUCAGAAGGGGUGAUUACUAUCAGAAGUGUUAUGAUCCUGAUUGUAGAGGAUAUCGAUCUCCUUUGCGUCCACUUCCUGAGGAUGUUAUUCCUGAUCCUACAAAUUUUCAGAAUUCCGAGGGACCAACUGAAAUUCAUGUUGAAACAAUGUCACCAGCUGAUGGAACUAUGACUGAUAGUUGUAAGAAAGAGUGGUGGUCUGAAGCUGUGAGGCUGGCAGAUGAGGCAGAAAAUGUACAGAAAAAGCUAGAUCUAACUGGCAUGUGGAUCCUCCUUUCUUUUUCCGUGUCUCAAAUCAAGCAGGCUGAUGACUGGGAAGAAGAUGAUGAUGACUGGUGGACGGCAGUUGAAAGAGCUGCAUCCCAGACUGAAUCGAUGUACACUAGACAUGCUUGAAGAAUCUGCCAUAAAUGAAACGUGGAAGGGCGUAUGGUUCAUGUGGAAGAAGUCAACCGUGGAGUAUACGAUCAGUGCCCUUCCUCUGGACUUCCGACUCCCUAAGGGUAAAGAAAGUAGGGAGGUCCUUCCAUUUCAAGUGAUCUUUGUAUAGUUCUAAGUCCCCCAUAAUUUAUUUAAAUAAUAUUUUAAUUUUUUUUGCUUAACAAACAUACAAGUAUGAGCUUUAGCUCAAACCUAUAUUUCCGUCCUUGACGAUAUUUACUAAUAAAGUUAUGUUACUCGGGCCAACAUCAAAAGAAUAUAUGUCUCUUCUAACAACUAGUGCCUCUUUUGUUAGGACAUCGGCACAAAGGUUGUUUCUCUUAAGCUAUUCUGGGUUACCUUAAUUUAUUUAUUAAUUAUAUGUUUUUAACUGUUGC